UUUCCGAAAUCGAAUAAGAACAAAAAUGUCGUCUUUCUUCGCACUUCACAGUGCCACCAACUCACCAAUAUAGCGACUCACUGAGCGUUACAUAGAUACAGAGACAGGACCAACAACCCGACUCACUGAGCUUCUUCAUAUUGGCUCUGCUCUGCCUUAGGGUAAAAGGAAGACAAUGUUUCUCAAAACUGAGUUGCAGUGGAAUGUUGUAAUCCCUGCUGAAAGCUUGGAUGCAAAGGGACUGAUGCUCCAAAAGGCAAUUAUUGUUCGACUGCUUGAUGACUUUGCAGAAAGAAAGGCUACCAAAGACCUUGGAUACCUUCUUGCUCUCACAACUGUGGAGAAAAUAGGUGAGGGAAAAGUCAGACAGCAUACUGGGGAUGUGCUUUUUCCAGUUACCUUUAGUGCUAUCUCUUUUAAGCUUUUCAGAGGAGAGAUCUUAAAGGGGGUAGUGCACAAGGUGCUCAAGCAGGGAGUUAUAUUGAGAUGUGGUCCAAUUGAGAAUGUAUAUCUCUCUUCUUCGAAAAUGCCUGAUUACAACUAUGUUCCAGGGGAGAAUCCUAUCUUUCUGAAUGCCAAGAGUUCUAAGAUUGAAAAAGGUACCACGCUACGUUUCAUUGUCAUCGGAGCUAAGUGGCUUGAGGCCGAAAGGGAAUUUCAGGCAUUGGUUGGCUUACAUGCUGAUUAUCUAGGACCAGUUUCUGGAGCCCCUUCAGCGUCCAUGUAUGAUUUACCUUAGUGUGACUCCCUUGUGCUUUUGACCUGGAAGGAUGCUUCCAUCUUUUCAAACCGAGAUUAACAAAAGUUGUUGUUGGUUGUAAUUUGUGUUGAAUUACUACUACGUUUAAGUUAUCUGUUGGCCUUACAGUCUGAAAAAUAUGUGUUAAUACAAUGUCUUUGACUUAUGUUCUUCCCUGUUCAUGACUCUGGUGGUAUUUGUUUCUAGCAUUGUAGCAUAUAACUCAUUCUUGCUCUGAUCUUAUUGUGGCCUUCAUUUUAUUUCAUCGUUUUCUUAGAAACUGGUUCAUCUAUUCUGCCAAAGUUCCUCCAUUUUGUUGUCUCUAGGUAUAUUCUGGUAG